AUGAUAGGAGCUGUGCCAUUCGGGUUGCUGGCUGCGUGCGUCGUCGUUUUGGUCCCAAUGGCCAUGGCCGGAUACCAUCUCAGCCGCAAAAAGAUGCUUUUCUUCAGCGGCGCUCUCUUCAUCACUCUCGCCAUCGGCGUCCACCUCACCCCUUACUUCCCCUCCGUCAACGACUUCGUCACCACCGUCUCCUCCGUCGUCGUCUUCGAGAACCGCCGCGACUCUUGCCUCUCCCACCUCCACGACGUUGUUUGGGAGGUUACCCCUUCCCCCAAUUUCAACGCCCUCGACAACAACACCGUCAAUUACGACAAGUCCUGGGCUUGGCCUUCUUCCUUCGCCGUUUCUGCAUGUGGAUUUCAGAAGCUGGGUCGUUUCGACGCCUCCGAUCUGCUCAACGGCUCCUGGGUCGUGGUGGCCGGAGACUCUCAGGCGAGGCUGGUGGCGCUUUCGCUGCUCAGCCUGGUUCUGGAUUCUGGGCCGCUGGAGAAGGUUAACAAGGAUCUGUUCAAGAGGCACAGUGAUUAUCAGAUUGUGGUGGGCGAGAUUGGGAUGCGAUUGGAUUUCAUCUGGGCUCCUUAUACUGUGAAUUUGACCAAUCUGGUGUCGAAGUUCAAGCGAAAUCGGAACUUCCCGGAUGUGUUGGUGAUGGGUUCUGGGCUAUGGCACAUGCUGCACUUCACCAACGCUUCAGAUUUCCGUGUUCAACUGCAAUCACUCAGGAGAUCUGCGGCGUCCUUGUUGCCAGUUUCGCCGGAGACUGGCUCUGAAAAGCCGGAAACCAUCUCGGCUUCAGGCUCUGGUUCGGCCCGGACGCCACACUUGUUCUGGGUUGGCAUGCCCACGUUGAUAAACUCGAUGUUGAAUACGGAGGAGAAGAGGGAGAAGAUGACUGAUGUAAUGCGGGGUGAGUACGAUAAGGAGCUUCAAAAGAGUAAGCUUUUGCGGAAGUCGGGCGGUCCGCUUUGGUUACUGGACAUUGAGUCCCUGAGUUGGAAUUGCGGGGUUAGAUGUACGGUUGAUGGAAUGCAUUAUGAUAUGCGUGUUUACGAAGCAGUGCUGCACAUCAUGCUAAAUGCAUUGCUCAUCGAGUCUCACCAGAAGCUUUGAUUUGAUUCUUUUUGUUUUCUCUUGGUAUAUGUCCUGCUCCGGCUCGCUGGUUCGAUUUCAUAUGGAGUGAGCUUUUGAUUCGUCUGAGAGGUUGGUUGGCUCCUUUGCUUCCUCCUCUUAUCUUGCAUCUUCGGUUUCUGCCAGGUUUCUCUCUUGGCCUCGGAAAACUCGGUAUAGUUUAUGUGAGAUAGCAGUUGAGAUUGAAAUUCAUUUGUAUCUGAUUUGCAUUAAUCUGAAUAUUGAAUAUACUUACUUGUAUUGUGUAGUAUAUACUCAAGGCAAUUCACAAAGAGCUUCCUGGAUAGAAA